UACAAAUCUAUUGUAAAUUCUGAAGAAUUUGUUGUUUUCAAUUAAAUACCAUACGAUCUAGAAUACUUUUACCAAAAUUAUAUAUGAAGAAGAGAUCGGCUACGCGGGAUGUUCGUCCCGCCGAUGAACAAAGCCGCUCUCUCUGUGAUCACUCGAUUUGGCGCGAGAGAGGAAGAGACGCAGUGGCGGACUAGAAGAUUGAUGAGAUUUCAAAAUUCUGUAAGUUCUAUCUCUCUAAAGUUUGUUCCCAAAUCGAUCGAUUUCUUAAGAAGUGUGAGGUUUUCUCUAAAUUUAGUGACUCCCUAUUAAGUAAUUGGAUGAAGAAGUAUGUGCAAUUGCCGUGGUUUGCUUUGAUCUCAUUAGGAACUGUAGAUCUUAGCAAGCUUACAUCUUGAUGUUUAACCAUGGAUCUCAAGUCGCCUUCGAAACUUAAGUUGUCACCACCGAGAUUUUCUAAGCAUAAAUGGAUAUUAAACUUAAUAAUUAUCGUAGUAACAUUUGUGAUUUCAAUUGGUGCAAUUUUGGCAUAUAAAUCUCGAGUUUCUAAUGCACCAAAAGAGCUCUAUUAUACUGUGGUUGUGGACUGUGGAAGCACAGGAACACGAAUAGAUAUAUAUGAAUGGAAAUGGCGGGUGAAGAGUGGUAAUGACUUGCCUGUUUUACUGCGUUCUUAUCCUGACAAAUCAACUAAAAGUCCGCUUCGAAAGAAAUCUUGUAGUUAUCACUGUAUGCAAACCCAGCCGGGAUUAGACAAAUUUGUUGGCAAUAUUUCAGGUGUAAGGUUUUCUUUGAAUCCAUUGAUUGACUGGGCAGAACAGGAGAUACCGGUUGAAAAACAUUCACUUACUCCUAUUUUUGUUUUAUCUACUGCUGGACUGAGAAGAUUGGCACAUGAGGAUGCCAAUCAGGUUUUGGAAGAUAUAGAGGCUGUUAUAAAGGAGCAUUCUUUCAUGUAUCGGAAAAGUUGGAUAAGGGUGUUGAGUGGUAUAGAAGAAGCUUAUUAUGGUUGGGUUGCUUUAAAUUACAAAAUGGGGAGCUUUAGGAACGGUUCAAGAUUAGGCACGUUGGGAAUUCUUGAUUUGGGUGGUUCCUCAUUGCAGGUUGUGAUGGAAUCAGACUUUAAAAGGGAAGAAAUGCAGUUCAUGAGAUCAAAAGUUGGUUCCUUUGAGCACCAGGUUUUGGCAUUCUCAUGGGAAGCUUUUGGUUUGAAUGAGGCAUUUGAUAGGACUCUUCUUUUGCUCAAUCAAACACAGGUACUUGGGGAAAGCAACACAACUACAGUGGAGCUCGGACAUCCUUGUCUUAGUUCGAGUUUUAUGCAAAAAUAUACAUGCUACAAUUGUUCAAGUCAUGACAACUUGGGCCAAAAAAAAUUCAGUAAUCAAAACAGCAAAACUGCCUUUCCUUUUUAUUUGGUCGGGAACCCAAAUUGGGAGCAGUGCAAACGAAUUGCAAGGGCUGUUGCAAUCAAUUCCAGCACGUUAGCUUGGUCAGAGCCUAUAGAAGCUACAAAAUGUCUUGCUACCCCGUUAUUUUCAAACGUGGCAGGUGGUAAUAAUGCAGUUGUGACCAUUCCCACCACGCGUUUUCAUGCCCUAUCAGGAUUCUUUGCAGUAUAUCAAUCAUUAAAUCUGUCUACAAGAGCCAAUUGGACAAACAUAUGGGAGAGAGGCCUGGAGUUAUGCUCUGCUUCUGAAGCUGAUAUGAUGAGAAGUAUUUCAGCAAACCAAAGUAGUUUGUGGCAAUAUUGUUUCCAGUUACCUUAUAUGGCAUCUCUCAUUGAGGAUGCUCUUUGUCUUGGCGAUAAAGAAGUGAUUUUUGGCCCUCCAGAUGUCUCCUGGACUUUAGGAGCCGCGUUGAUAGAGGGAGAGUACUUAUGGUCAAGUUCAAGUACAACAACUACAGCUGAGAAUCACAAUUCAACUUUGGGAAACAUUGAGCCUGUAUAUGUAUUUUUGUUACUUCUGUGUCUUCUAUUGGUGGUUUAUUAUAAUCAAAUCAAGCUGCCUAUGUUGGGCAGAAAGUCAGCUGGUGCCGGGUCAUCUUUGCCAUCUUAUGCCCUUCCAAAACACAGGCCGAACUGAUUCAGAGGUGGUCUAGUUAUUGACAUAUACAUUUGAUUCAUUCUUUAAGAUAGACGUAGUAUCAAAUACAUCAACAGUAUUGAAGACAUCAAGAAUCUUCCAUUAGCUGGAUGUCAUAGUGAUUCAUGUUGAGAAAGUUCCAAUUUUGUUGAAGUUAAAAGACCCUUUACUGUAAAUUUUCUAUUUAUAUUAGUAUAUAUACUUGUUCACUA